AUGCUUUCUAGAGGAGCUUUAUCAGUUUUAAAAGUUUCCAACACGGCCAGGGCUCCUGCACUUCGAGGUAAAAGCUACAUCAAGCCAAUCGAUUCAAAAUUAUUAUUGUAGGAGUUUCCUCAAACUUCUUCCAAGAUGCUUUCAAUCUUGAAGAGCAGUUGACGGAGGUGAUUUUUUUUUUCUGGUGAUUAUCUUUCAAUUCAACUUUUCUUUUAGGAUGAGCGGUCUUUAAUGUUAGGAGCUCGCGAAUAUUGUCAAGAGAAGCUUCUUCCUCGGGUCACCGAAGCCUAUCGCAAUGAAAGUAUGUGGGUUGAGAAGAAAUGAAGUUAAAAUUGGCUUUAGAGUUCGACAAAUCCCUGAUUCCGGAGAUGGGAAGCAUGGGUCUUCUCGGCGCUCCUUAUCAGGUGAAUUUUUGAGAAAAGUUAAUAGUUAAAUUUUAUUAAAAGAAAGUUGAAAUUGAAAAAAAAAAACUUCACCUCAAAUCGGCAAGUUUUAUUUUUCGUGAACUUGGGUACUGAAAAUGAUUUUCAUUUUAACGUGGAUGAAGCAGGAAUUAUUGAAAAUAUAUUGAAAUGCAAAGAAAUGCUUCGAAACUGAAAAAAAGAGAUUUCAAUAUCUUUGAAUUCCUAAGGGUUACGGAUGUGCGGGAACCUCGUCAGUUGGAUAUGGUCUCAUCGCGAGGGAAGUGGAAAGAGUCGAUUCCGGCUAUCGAUCCACGAUGAGCGUCCAGACGAGUCUUGUCAUUGGCCCCAUUUACAAUUAUGGUAGAACUUAUUUUGCAGAAAUGUUUUCUUCGAUCAGCUCGGUCUAUGUCUGUGCGUGCGCCUUUAGCAAUAUGUAAAAUUUGAGUAUUUAUUAAAGGCGCAUGCAAAGAAACAGGUCCCGCGCUUCGAAUAUAAGAGUUUCGUAGGCGAGAGAUAGCAAAAAUCCUUAUGAAUUUUCAAUGUUUCUAGGUAUAAUUUUCCAUGAACAAAAAACAAAAACCUAUACUUCGUUUUUUUAAAAUUAAAAAUAGCAAUUACGGAAUAUAUUUCCAGGAAGCGAAGAUCAAAAGCAAAAGUACAUUCCUGAUCUGGCGUCGGGCAAGAAAAUCGGUUGUUUCGGUUUGACCGAGCCGAACCAUGGCUCGAACCCCGGCGGCAUGGAGACCAAAGCAGUGUAGGAGAUGAUUAGAAAAGUCCAAGGGAAAAAGGGAUUUUGUAGUUGGGACGAAUCGGCAAAGGUUUACAAGCUGAGCGGCACUAAGACUUGGAUCAGCAACAGCCCCGUCGCCGACGUGGCCGUCGUCUGGGCGCGCAGUUCUCGUCAUAAUAAUAAGAUCAAGGUUUGAAUCUCGUGAAAAAAGCUUUAACUAUCUAAACGUUGCUUUAAUUUAACUUAGUUUCCAUACGUUUUAAUUUUUUAAAAUAACUGUAGUUGUAAAAGUGGAAGAAAGUUGUUCUUAACACAUUUUCGAGCUAAAAUAAUAUCUUUUUUUGUUAUCGCCCUGAAAAUAUCGGAAUUUAUUCAUAAUAUUACUUCAUUGACUGCUUUUUUUUCCAUUAUUGACUGGAAAAGUUGCACUAGAAAGUAAAAAAUCAUUGUUUCUCUUUUAUUUUUGAAAGUAAAAUUCAAGAUGACUUUUUUCAGUCAGGGAACUCUUUUUUAUAUUUGAAGGAAAUGGAAUGUUAGAACUCCUUCAAUUAUUAUUUUUAACUCGUAAAAAAUCCAAAAAAAGUCAUGAAUUAUUUUUAGUUCAAACUGUAUCCUUUUUUUUUCAGUUGAACUAUCGAAAAAGUUUCUGUAGUAUAUAUUUUUUUCUUUGAAUAUGAGAAUGAAAUGAACGAUUUUGUUCAAUAAAUAAGAGAACUUUUACUGUUUUUAUUUUCUAACGAUUUGGUCGACACGCUUCAAAAAAUAUUUUUUUCCGUUUUCAAAAUUUGAACGAAACGUUUCAACUACGUUUAUGUGCUUUUCCACUUAUAAACUUCAAAAAAACUCAAUUUUUUAAGGGUUUCAUCCUCGAACGUGGGAUGCGAGGCCUGACGACACCGAAAAUUGAAGGAAAAUUGUCGCUGAGAGCCUCGAUCACUGGCCAAAUAGCUAUGGAUGACGUCCCCGUUCCAGAAGAGAAUCUCCUUCCCAACGUAUCUUGAAUGGAGUUCAGAUACCGACUUAAAUAGAAAAAUUACAGGUUGAAGGUCUCCAGGGACCUUUCGGGUGUCUGAACAACGCCCGUCUCGGAAUCGCUUGGGGGGCUCUCGGAGCUGCUGAGGAAUGCUUCCGGUUGGCCCGCGAGUACACUUUGGACAGGUUUAGAUCGAGUUGAAUUUUUUGAUUUUUUCAGAAAGUUAUUGCGUUUUUUAUUGAUUUAGAGCUGGUAUAAUCCUGUUUUUAAACCUUUAAGAGUCUAUAAAGUUUAUUCUGCCCCAUUUGAAAAAAAUUCCCUAAAACAUCAAACAUGUCACGCGCUUCAAAAUGAUAUAUAACUUCUUCAGGCCAGUCCGAAAUUCAGUUCAGAAACAUCUCGUUCAAGUUAGAAUAUCAAAAACUGCAAGAAUUUACUGAAAAACCUAAUAAAUGAUAAAAAAAAGUUGCAGACAGCAAUUCGGACGCCCGUUGGCCCAGAACCAGCUGAUGCAUCUUCGAUUCGCUGAUAUGCUCACCGAAAUAACGUUGGGACUCCAAGGGUGCCUCCGAGUCUCCAGGCUCAAGGCUCGUUUUGUUAAUUAGAUCUAUUCGGGAUGCAUUUCGAAAUUUCGUGAUUACCCUAAAGUGAGAUAUUUUACGGUUUAUCAGAAAUAUCAUUAAAGUUUCUGGCGAUAGAAACUCGACUUCGCGAAAUUUUGGUCCGUAAUGAGAACCAGAAAACUUUUAACAGUUUUUUUGUUUGAGAAAAAAAAUUUUUUUAUGGAACGCUUGUGUGUAGCCGGUAGACUAUCAGCAUCAUUGAUAUUUUGAAACGAAUAAUUUUGAGAUCCAAGAUGCCUCUUAUAGAAAUGGUUACUAAGAAAAUGAGCUAUCAAAACAAAUGUUUUCAAAAAGUAGAGGAAUUUCCCAGAAAUUCUUCAAAAAUUUGUCCACCCCGUAGUUGGAUCCAGUCCAAGUAUGAUUCAAGCUUUUUUAGGACGAGGGACGCGUCGAGCCCGAACAAGUGUCGUUGGUGAAGCGCAACUCUUGCGGAAAAGCGCUGGAGAUCGCGCGAAGGGCCCGCGACAUGCUCGGCGGCAAUGGAAUCGUCGACGAGUACCACAUUAUGCGCCACAUGGUCAACCUCGAAACUGUCAACACCUACGAAGGUCGGACUUUUUUUUCAAACAGAACUAUAGAAGUAACUUUAUAGAGAUAUUUUCCAAGGUAUUUAUUGAAUUUCCACGGUAUGAAUCUAGCAAAGCCCCCUAUAGGGGCCACUAACAAAACCCCUCUAGGGACCACUAAAAAGCUCCCCCAUUAGGGCCAUUUCUACAAAACGUAGUGGUCCCUAGAGGUGACCUUCAAGGUCUCCUAAGAUUGUCCCUAUAGGAAUCACUCUGGCGUUCCUAAGUUUAUAGGGUUGAGGAAAAUUAUUAGGAAAAAAACUACUUUUUUUCCAACCGUUGAAAAGGCUCAGGGUUUUUUCUCAUAAUUUGAUAAAGUAUUCUUUUUUUUCAACCUGUUAGUUUUCAAAUUCUCCACUGCUCUUUUUAGUAUGUAUAAUCGCGAAAAAUCUCGAAAAAUGAACAAAAUUGAAAUUUUUUAUUUUUCCAAAGCUGUCAGUUGAUGAAUUCAGCAUUCACUUGGAUAAAUGUUGAGAUUUCAGGCUUCAAAAGCUUUUACAGACCCUAAAUCUUACAUCACCAAGCAAUUCAUCAACCACUCAACUUUUCAGGAACCCACGACGUCCACGCACUGAUCCUCGGUCGCGCAAUCACUGGCCUUAAUGCAUUUAAUUGA